UACCUUUGCUUUUCACCUCUUUACUUUUAAUUUUGACUACCUAUAGGAAAACGAAAUUAUCAACUUACGGGUCUUUAAACUCACCACAUCGUAAGAUUAGGGUUUUCCUGCACAGAUAUUGAUUUUUAGGGUUUAUUAUAUGUCAAACCUUCUAUUGUUGCCGUUAACAGAGUUGCAGGGUGCUUGAAGACGCCGAAAGCUUUAGCGACAAUGUCUCUUAUUGCGAAUGAAGAAUUUCAACAUAUUCUUCGUGUUCUCAACACUAACGUUGAUGGGCGACAGAAGAUCAUGUUUGCCCUGACCUCCAUUAAGGGUAUUGGUAGGCGUUUUGCCAAUAUUGUUUGUAAAAAAGCUGAUGUUGACAUGAGCAAGAGAGCUGGUGAGCUUUCUGCCCAGGAACUUGAGAAUCUGAUGGUGAUUGUGGCAAAUCCACGGCAAUUCAAGAUCCCUGACUGGUUUUUGAAUAGAAAGAAGGAUCAUAAGGAUGGUCGGUUCUCUCAGGUGGUAUCCAAUGCCCUUGACAUGAAACUCAGGGAUGACUUGGAACGCUUGAAGAAGAUCAGGAAUCAUCGUGGUCUUCGUCACUAUUGGGGUCUGCGAGUGCGUGGGCAACAUACAAAGACCACUGGUCGUAGGGGGAAAACUGUUGGUGUGUCAAAAAAGCGUUGAGAAAGGAAAUAUUAUUGGAGAAACACAAUUUUGCUUGUGUCUUCAUAUUGUUUCACAUUAUUCCUUUAAGGUGCUUUAUGUUGUAUUUGUUGUCGUUACACCGGCCCUUUUUUCUUUUGAAAGUUGGAAACACAUCAUGCGAUUGACAAGGCUGUAAAGCUUUGAUUUUGCACUUUUUAAUUUGAGAAUGGCUUCCUGAAAGCUCUAUCUACAUUUUGUAGUACUAAGGAAGAAGGUUAAAUGUUGAGUUCAAUGAAAUACUGGAACCAUUUGUUUUGGUUUUUGAAAUAUUUAUUUUGAUAUAUCUUUUCCAGUA